ACUUCCGGGUUUGUUAACACUGAAAGGAGAACGUGAGUAGGCUAGGAAUUUUAUUGAGGGGCUGGCGAUCUGGUUUUGCCCUCCACUCCUGAGGCCAGCAUUGAGUUGCUAUCCGGGACGAGGAAGGCUGUGGUGCCCCAAAGAGCUGCCUCUCAAGACUGCUGUCAUUUUCCCAGGCCGGGCCAUAAAGGCGAGCUAGAGUAUCUUGCAGAGCUUGAUACCUAGCGCCCCUCUUUCCCGCAGGCUUUUAUCCUCGCCAUGGCUGAGCUAAUCCAAAAGAAGCUGCAGGGAGAAGUGGAGAAAUAUCAACAGCUGCAGAAGGACUUGAGUAAAUCCAUGUCCGGGAGGCAGAAGCUUGAGGCACAACUAACGGAAAACAAUAUCGUGAAGGAGGAACUGGCCCUGCUGGAUGGGUCCAAUGUGGUCUUUAAGCUGCUGGGUCCCGUACUGGUCAAACAGGAGCUGGGGGAGGCUCGGGCCACAGUGGGAAAGAGGCUGGACUACAUCACAGCCGAAAUUAAGCGAUAUGAAUCCCAGCUCCGGGACCUGGAGCGGCAGUCGGAGCAGCAGAGGGAGACCCUUGCUCAGCUGCAGCAGGAGUUCCGGCGAGCCCAGGCCCAGGCCGCCAAGGCAGGGACUCCUGGGGAGGCCUGACCCCAUGGUGGGGGGAGGGGGGAGGCAGCUCGAGGGUCUGUACUGUAGUAGGCAAUAAAAUGUAAAAACAGC